UAUUUACUUUUUUUUUAUAUAAAUCCAUGCCCAUAUAAUAUGGGCCUGCAUUCCUGAAUCAUCCUGCUUAUAUUCUCUCCUAUCUCCAUAUUCCCUCAGCGUGAGCCCUGACUCGACUCUUUUUUUCUUUUUCAUUUUUUAAAGUUUUGCUUCUCCCUCCCUGACGUAAGAUUAUAUAUAAAGCUAAACUGGAGUUAACUUUUGUUCGACACUUGUUUUUCCAUAUCACUCUCGCUUACCGUCAUCAAUGUGUUGUCUUUUAAGGCCUUCGUUUUCCUUUUUAAUUGCUGUUUAUUGUUUCAUUGGGAAUGAGUGAGCAGCUUGGAAGAACGUGGAGGAACCAACACGGCACCGCCUUUGACUGACUGUGGUCUUGAUGCACAGGGAAAUAUAUAAUUGGAAUUUGGAAGAAGACCUCAAUGGAUGUUCUUACGGGUGUCGGGGAAGCAAUUUAUAGUCUAAGAAGUAUCUUAGAUUCAUCCAAAUUCAUGAAUAAUCUCUUCAUCCCCAUCAAUGCAAUUCUGUUUAUUGUUCUGCUUACAAACCUUGUUUAUAAGGUUUUAUCAAGAAAGAUCCAAGUCCGAACUCUUUUCUGCUGGAGUUCAUGGUUGAGAGUAUCAUCUGCUGUAUAUAAUGGAUGCUUGGGUUCGAUUUAUAUUGUCAUCGGGUUGUGGAUGUUUAUGAAGAGACCAAAGAUCAAUCAUCCACCCUGGUUAGUUGUGUUUUCUCAAGGCAUAACAAUGGUGCUCAUUGUAGUUGUUGUGAGCAUUAGAACUAGUGUUCUUGGUUGUGUCUUUGCUAAGUUUUGGUCGGUGAUUACCACAGUGUCCACUGCCACUCUUUGCUUCUAUUGUACUUCAUUCAUAAUUGCAGAGAAGAAAACAUGGAUUGAAUUUGUCCUGGGACUUUUAUCUUUACCCGGAGUCGCAAUGCUACUGUUUUCUUCAUUUAUAAACUCAAAUAAUGUAGAAGAGGACGAGGAGAAUGUCUCAAGUGGCCUUUAUCAGCCUUUAUCAGAAGGCAAAGUUGCUUUUGCUGAUAGUGUUACUCCUUUUGCAAAGGCAGGUUUUAUUAGUAAAAUGUCAUUUUGGUGGUUGAAUUCUAUGAUGAAGAAAGGAUAUGAGAGACCUCUAGAUGAGAAAGACAUGCCAUUGUUGCAUGAACCUGAUAGAGCAGAGAGUUGCUACAAUGAAUUCAUGGAGCAGUGGGACAAGCAGAAGCAAAGUAAAUCGUCUUCUUCACCAAGCUUUUUAUGGACAAUAGUCUCUUGUCAUAAACAGGACAUAUUAGUCUCUGCUUUGUUUGCUUUACUGAAGAUUCUCACCUUAUCAUCUGGCCCUGUGUUGCUUAAAGCCUUCAUCAAUGUGGCAUCAGGGAACCAAUAUUUCAAGUAUGAAGGUUAUCUAUUGGCCUUGGGGAUGUUCAUUGCAAAGUGUUUGGAAUCUCUAUCUCAGAGACAGUGGUAUUUCAGAACAAGAUUGUUAGGACUAAAAAUUAGAUCCUUGCUAUCUGCAGCUAUAUAUCAAAAACAAUUGAGACUGUCUAAUUCAGCAAAAUUGAUUCAUUCGUCUGGAGAGAUCAUGAACUAUGUGACUGUUGAUGCUUAUAGGAUUGGAGAAUUCCCAUACUGGUUCCAUCAAACAUGGACAACAAGCCUCCAACUCUUCAUUGCUUUGAUAAUUCUCUACAAUGCUGUCGGUCUUGCAACAAUUGCAGCAUUUGCUGUUAUUGUACUCACGGUGAUUUGCAAUGCUCCUCUUGCCAAGCUGCAACACAAGUUUCAGACAAAACUUAUGGGAGCUCAGGAUGAGAGGUUGAAGUCCAUGACAGAGGCUUUGGUGAAUAUGAAAGUUCUGAAGCUUUACGCUUGGGACACUCAUUUCAAGAAAAUUAUUGAAGGUUUGAGAUCAGUGGAAUGUAAGUGGCUUUCUGCGGUUCAGCUGAGAAGAUCAUAUAAUAAUUUUCUCUUUUGGUCAUCUCCAGUUUUGGUAUCUGCUGCAACUUUUCUGAGUUGUUAUCUUCUUCAUAUUCCUCUUAAUGCUAGCAAUGUAUUCACUUUUGUCGCAACCUUACGUCUUGUUCAAGAUCCAGUUAGGUUAAUUCCAGAUGUCAUUGGAGUAGUGAUUCAGGCAAAGGUUGCAUUUACCAGAAUUGUCAGGUUUCUUGAUGCUCCUGAACUGCAGAAUGGACAUGCUAAGAGGAAAUGUGGCUCAGAACUCAAUCAACCGAUAAUCAUCAAUUCAUGUGGAUUUUCUUGGGAUGGCAGUGUGUCAAAACCAACACUUAGAAAUAUAAGCUUAGAAGUUUAUCAAGGGGAGAAGGUUGCAAUCUGCGGUGAGGUUGGUGCGGGUAAAUCAACUCUAUUAGCUGCAAUUCUUGGUGAGAUUCCAAAAGUCGAAGGCACUAUUCAGAUCUGUGGAAAUAUUGCUUAUGUUUCUCAGACUGCAUGGAUUCAAACAGGCACCGUUCGAGAUAAUAUCUUGUUUGGGUCUCCAAUGGAUAGUAACAGAUACAAAGCAACACUUGAGAAGUGUUCUUUAGUGAAGGACAUUGAAAUGCUACCAUUUUGUGAUCUUACUGAGAUUGGAGAAAGAGGAGUGAAUUUUAGUGGUGGCCAAAAGCAGAGAAUUCAGCUUGCCCGAGCAUUAUACCAAGAUGCUGAUAUAUAUCUCUUGGAUGAUCCAUUCAGUGCAGUUGAUGCUCAUACUGCUGCCAGCUUAUUCAAUGAUUAUGUCAUGGGAGCUUUGUCAACAAAGACGGUGCUAUUGGUUACUCACCAAGUGGACUUCCUUCCUUCUUUUAACUGUAUCUUGUUGCUAUCUGAUGGAGAAAUUCUUCGGGCUGCACCAUACAAUGAACUAUUUGCUACUUGCAAAGAAUUUCAAGACUUGGUUAAUGCUCACAAAGAAACAGUAGGCACUGAAAGACUUGAAAAAGUUGCUUCUCAGAAGGCAAAUAAUGAACUAUUUGCUACUUGCAAAGAAUUUCAAGACUUGGUUAUUGCUCACAAAGAAACAGUAGGCACUGAAAGACUUGAAAAGGUUGCUUCUCAGAAAGCAAAUAAGAUUUCAAAGAGAGAAAUCAAGCUUAGUUUUGGUGGUGAUAAGAAUUUAGCAAAAUUAUCAGGAGUUGAUCAGUUGAUUAAGAAAGAGGAGAGAGAAACCGGAGAUACAGGAUUGAAGCCUUAUCUCUUGUAUUUGAAUCAGAACAAAGGUUUCUUAUAUGCUUCACUUGCAGCUCUUUCUCAUAUAAUAUUCAUAGCUGGACAAAUCUCACAGAACUCAUGGAUGGCUGCCAAUGUUCAGAACCCUCAAGUUAGCACACUGAGGCUAAUAUUGGUCUAUUUGGGAAUUGGCAUUAGUACUGCAGUCUUUUUGUUCAGUAGAUCAGGAUUCAUUGUAGUUCUUGGCCUGCAGUCAUCAAAAUCUUUGUUUUCUCAGCUACUAAAUUCACUAUUCCGGGCGCCUAUGUCAUUCUUUGACUCCACUCCUUUGGGAAGGAUACUUAGUCGGGUCUCUUCGGAUUUGAGCAUUGUUGAUCUUGAUGUGCCAUUCAGUCUCGUCUUCAGCAUCAGUGCCACCCUGAAUGCAUACAGCAACCUUGGUGUAUUAGCUGUUGUUACGCCGCAAAUCUUGUUUGUUACCAUACCAGUGAUCUAUGUGACCCUUAAAUUGCAGAAGUACUACUUGGCUUCAGCAAAAGAGUUGAUGAGAAUCAAUGGCACAACAAAGUCCAUUGUAGUCAAUCAUAUUGCUGAAUCUCUAUCAGGAGCCAUGACAAUAAGAGCUUUCAAAGAAGAGGAUAGAUUCUUUGCUAAAAGUUUGGAACUCAUUGACAAGAAUGCAAGUCCGUUCUUCCUUAAUUUUGCAUCAACUGAAUGGUUAAUCCAGCGUUUAGAGACAAUGAGUGCUGCUGUUCUUUCUUCAUCAGCACUUGUCAUGGUUUUACUUCCACCAGGGGCUCUCAGUUCAGGAUUUGUUGGAAUGGCAUUGUCUUACGGACUUUCACUGAACGUGUCUCUUGUGUUCUCUAUUCAAAACCAAUGCACUCUUGCAAACCACAUCAUAUCUGUUGAAAGAUUGAAUCAAUACAUGCAUGUUUCAAGUGAGGCUCCAGAGGUCAUCAAUGAAAACAGGCCUGCAUUGAAUUGGCCUUCUGUUGGUAGAGUGGAGCUUCAUGAUCUCAAGAUAAGGUAUAGACCAGACACUCCACUUGUGCUACAAGGAAUCAGUUGCAUAUUUGAAGGAGGUCACAAAAUUGGAAUAGUUGGCAGGACUGGAAGUGGCAAGACAACUCUCAUAGGUGCAUUGUUCAGGCUUGUUGAGCCAGCAGGAGGGAAAAUAGUCAUAGAUGGGAUCGAUAUCUCAAGCAUUGGACUCCAUGACUUGCGGUCUCGGUUUGGUAUCAUUCCUCAAGAUCCAACACUCUUCAAUGGCUCAGUGAGAUACAAUUUGGAUCCUCUAGGACAACACACAGACGCAGAAAUAUGGGAGGUUCUUGGCAAAUGUCAACUACGAGAAGCUGUACAAGAGAAAGAAAAAGGCUUGGAUUCGCUAGUUGUUGAAGAUGGGUCAAAUUGGAGCAUGGGGCAACGCCAGUUGUUCUGUUUAGGACGAGCACUAUUGAGGCGAAGCCGAAUUCUUGUGCUUGAUGAAGCCACGGCAUCGAUUGACAAUGCUACUGAUGCGAUCCUCCAAAAGACAAUUAGGACAGAGUUUGAACACUCCACUGUCAUUACAGUAGCUCAUAGAAUUCCUACUGUAAUGGACUGCACAAUGGUGCUUGUUAUUAGUGAUGGAAAAUUGAUGGAGUAUGAUGAACCAAUGAAGCUAAUGAAGAGGGAGGGAUCUUUGUUUGGAGAGUUAGUGAAAGAGUACUGGUCCCAUUCUGCAAUUCUAAACUGAAUUCAUUCAUUCAUAUCUGCAGUUCUCUAUCUUCUCAGUGAAUCUCAAUUGAGCCUCUGCUCUCUCUGUAAUGUUUAUAUAUAUGUUCCAAAUGGAAAAUGAAGCGAGAAAAUAGUGCUUUUUUUAAUGAAUGUGAUUUAUUUAUUAUUUAAAAAAAAAAGAUUGUUUAUUGCUUUCAAAAUUCAAUGAAAAAAAAAAA